AUGAGAGGCCCAACUGUCCUCAAAGCUACAGAUGACAAAACCCGAAAUCUCAAUGAACACACUCUGAUGGCUUUCUCGGGCGAGCCUGGCGACGGAGUGCAAUUCGCCGAAUACGUCCAAGCCAACGUACAGCUAUAUUCAAUGCGUAACGACACAGAACUCAGCCCAGCCGCCGUCGGCAACUUCGUUCGAGGAGAGCUUGCAAAGGCCUUGCGUUCCAGGAACCCGUAUACUGUCAAUUUGCUGCUUGGUGGUGUUGAUUCUAUCACCAGCACCCCGAGCCUUUACUGGGUGGACUAUUUAGCGUCUCUUGCCCAAGUGCCCUAUGCAGCACAUGGAUAUGCACAAUAUUAUUGCUUGUCGAUCCUUGAUAAGCACCACCAUCCAGAUAUCGAGUUGGAGCAGGGCUUGAAGCUUCUAAACCUUUGCACAGACGAAUUGAAACGACGAUUACCUAUCGACUUCAAAGGAGUGCUUGUGAAGGUAGUUACGAAGGAUGGUAUCCAGGAAAUCGAUUACGAUAACGAAAGGAAGGUUUUCAUUGCAUGA